UACUUAACUUAAUUUGAUGAAAAAUUUCCCUUUAGUUGUUGGACCCUCUGCGUCAGGCUUUCCGGGUAGCAUUGUUGGGAAACAGAGCUAUGCCAUGAACGAAGGAGAAGAACCCCUUUCACUCACCAUCAUCAUCAUGCUAAUUCACAUAUCAUUUCACUUCUUUUAGACAAUCUCGUGCUUUGAAAUUCAUCACCAUUUCUUUCACCACUCUUCCACUUUCAUAACUAUGCAUAUAGCAGGUCAAAUAGAUACAUCUUCAGUGAAAUGUCUUGUCAACAGCAUUUCGCGAUUCAUACAUCUAGUUUCUUGCCAAGCAGUGAAACCUAUGCCCCUUCAAAAGAACUGUAAUAAUAUGGUUUGUGUGUUGAAGCAUUUGAAACCAGUGCUCGAUGAUAUUGUGGAUUUCAAAAUCCCUUUCGAUGAAAAUCUGCAUAGAGAAUGUGAAGAAUUGGAUAUGCGGGUUAAUGAAGCUAGGGAGUUCAUUGAAAAAUGGGGCCCGAAGAUGAGCAGGAUUCACAGUGUUCUUCAAAGUGGGGAAUUGUUGAUCAAGUUACAGAACUCUUCAUAUAAGAUUUGUCACAUGAUAGUUAAAUCACUAAAGGGACCUGCAUCUGUUUUGGUUUCGGGUAAUCUUCAGCAAUAUAUGCAGGAACUUCAGUGUCUUAAGAAGGAACCUGCAAUGAUCUAUAUAGAAGACGCAUUGAGAAAUCAAAGGGAUAAUAUCGAACCUUGCUAUGAUUCUCUAAAGGAAAUUAUACGGUUACUCAUGAUAUCAAACCAGGAGCUACUGAUAGAAAGUAUUGCUGUGGAAAAGGAAAGGUCAAAUGCUGAAGUCAAUAAAACAAAAGGGGACUUGGAUGAAAUUAACCAAAUUGUGAAUCUUGUGUGCAGUUUACGUGAUUAUGUGAUGAAAUUUGAGCGCCCUGAAGUCAAAAGUGGUGUUUCAAUUCCCCCCUAUUUUCGAUGUCCUUUAUCAUUAGAACUCAUGUCAGAUGCUGUUAUUGUGGCUUCAGGUCAGACAUAUGAAAGGCAAUCCAUUCAAAAGUGGCUUGAUCAUGGGCUAACUGUUUGUCCCAACACUCGCCAGAUACUUGUCCAUACAAAUCUCAUUCCCAAUUAUACUGUUAAAGCUAUGAUAGCAAAUUGGUGUGAGGAAAAUAAUGUCAAACUUCCCAGUAACUCUAAGCAAAGUAAUUCCUCUCAUAUUUCAUCCCCCUCAGAUCAUUUAUUACAUCAAGAUUUAGAUCGUCUGUGUAGCUUUGAGUCUUCAGCUAGUAGCGAUUCCAAUUCAAAUCAAAUUGCAAAUGCAUUUGAGAAACCAAAGGAUGAUAACUCUUUCAGAUCAAGCAGGGAAUCUGAUAGAAGCUGGAAUGGAGAGACAGAAAAGUUUGAGCAACAAUCCCCUGCACCUUCAUGUAGUAACAGCAGAAGUGAAUCAUUUUCAAGUUCUAUUUCUAGUACUGAUUAUGUACUUCCAGUUUUGAAAGAGGUGUCAGGCAUAUCUAAUAAGCAUCAAAAUGUGGAGUUGUCUAGAGAAAUUACUGAUGGGUGUCCUGCUUCUCCUGCAUAUAAAGAAUCAGUGAUUUAUCCUUGGUUAUCUGGAAAGCAAUUUCAUAGCCCUGGAUCAAAAAUUGGAAGGAUGGAGGAUGAAAAUAAGUAUAAUGAGAGUAACAAUAUUAGUAUUACCAGUCAUUCAAAAGUUGCUUCCCAUCCUGUAGGAUCCAAUGAAUUGAUCACCACAUCCCAUGUCAAUGAGUUGAUUGAAGAUCUCCAGAGUCAAUCGAAUGAAACACAAACUGCUGCUGCAGAACAAUUGAGGCUCUGUACCAAGCAUAACAUGGAGAACCGCAUCAGUGUAGGGCGGUGUGGGGCAAUUAUGCCUUUACUCUCACUGCUAUAUUCAGAAAGGAAGAUAACACAAGAGCAUGCCGUGACAGCUCUACUGAAUUUGUCAAUUAAUGAAGGCAACAAGGCCUUGAUUAUGGAAGCAGGGGCCAUAGAACCACUUAUCCAUGUUUUGAAGACAGGGAAUGAUGGUGCAAAGGAGAAUUCUGCUGCUGCUCUGUUCAGCCUCUCUGUAAUAGAUAACAAUAAGGCAAAAAUUGGCCGUUCUGGUGCAGUCAAAGCUUUGGUGGGUCUUCUAGCCUCAGGAACUCUUAGGGGAAAGAAGGAUUCUGCCACUGCUUUAUUCAACCUAUCAAUAUUCCAUGAGAAUAAAGCUCGUAUAGUUCAAGCUGGAGCCGUGAAGUUUCUGGUUCUGCUAUUGGACCCUACUGAUAAAAUGGUUGACAAGGCUGUUGCUCUUUUGGCAAACCUGUCAACAAUUGCAGAGGGCCGAAUAGAAAUUGCAAGGGAAGGGGGCAUUCCCUCACUAGUUGAAAUUGUUGAAUCAGGUUCUCUGAGGGGAAAGGAAAAUGCUGCUUCCAUCCUCUUGCAACUAUGUCUUCAUAAUCAAAAGUUUUGUACCCUGGUUCUCCAAGAAGGAGCUGUACCUCCCCUAGUUGCAUUAUCUCAGUCUGGUACUCCAAGAGCUAAGGAAAAGGAAAAUAGUGUUCAAAUCUUGGUGUUCAAUCAUGGUUACAGAAUCAAUUUGUUGAAACAAUGUGCUAAAAAAUCUGGCAUUCUAAUCUAUGUUCUGCAGUGCAUUCUUCCCCCAGCCUUGCCCCCAAAAACAGUGAAGAAGCACAACAGCUUCUCAGUCAUUUUCGUAAUCAGCGUGAAGGAGUCAAGGGGAAGGGGAAAUCAUGAAGAUAAGGCAAUUUUGAUCAUUUCAUUGCCCUUUUCACUCUUGCCUCAGUAACUCCCUAAUCUACAUCCACUUGAGGACUUUAGGGCUCCUUUACUCAUUUUUUUAAUUCUUUUUAAAUGUAUCAUUUGUGUUGUAGGCACAAACCUUUUUUUUUGUUUCCUGCAUUAGUAGGGUACCCCCCCACCCCAAUUUGUUUUGUUGGUUUUAAUGGCUUGGUUUCUUUCUAGUAGUGAGAUCUGUUUUGAAGAAAAGGUAAGCUAUUUCUGAAGCUUUAUGCUUUGGCGAGAUGUAAAAACAAAACACUGUUCUGUUGGAGUCAUAAGUCAUAACUGAUGCGGUUGUGAGUCACUGUUGUACAUAUUUGUAAAUAUGGUAUAGAAUCUUGUGAUGUACCAUAAAUUGUUGUACCUCAUUCGGCCAUGUGAGCAUUUUUUUUUUAAUUUAUUCAAUCCUGUUUCAAUCUA